AUGAGAGUAGAUAAUAUAUUAUUAGAAGAUAUUAUUAAAUUUCAACAGAUUGAAUAUAAAAUAAUUAGAGGCUAUUAUUGGACUGGUAAUAAGUCUGACUUAUUAUCUAACGAGAUGUCUAAAUUGUAUAAUUUAAGAAGAGAUUUCAAAAAACAAGGUAAUCCAGUUCAAGAAGUAUUUAAGUUAAUUAUGAAUUCAUCAUAUGGUAAGACUAUUCAAAAACCCAUUAAAACUGAUCUUGUUUAUAAACAAAUAUCUGUUAAAAAUAAGAAAGGAGAUAUUCAGUAUGAUGCUGAUAGAUAUUUAAAAAAGAACUCGUUAUUAGUCAAAUCAUUUUAUGAUGUUGCUGAAAAUAUUAGAUGCUUUGAAUGUAAUAAAAGUUUUGAUGAUUUUUUUGUUCCAAAUCUUAUUGGAGUUCAAACUCUUACUAUGUCAAAACGUAUUAUGAAUGAAGUUAUGUGUUUAGCAGAAGAUCUAAAUAUUCCAAUUUAUUAUCAAGAUACCGAUAGUAUGCAUAUAUUAAAAUCAAGAAUUACUGAAUUAGAAGAUGAAUAUUUUAAAAAAUAUAAUAGAGUACUUAGAGGUUCUGAUAUGGGACAAUUUCAUCCAGAUUUUGAUGAAUUAUCUGGAGAUGUUACUAGUAUUGAAUCAUAUUUCUUAGGUAAAAAGGCUUAUUGUGAUAAAUUAUCUAAUGAGAAGAAUGAAGUCGCUCAUCAUCUUAGAUUAAAAGAUAUUCAUAAUAUUUUAUUAAAUUGUCAAUAUGAAGAUCCGUUAGAAUUAUAUAAGAAACUAUAUGAUGGAGAAUCAUUUAAAUUUAAUCUUUUACAAUUUAGACUAUCAUUUGAAUUUACUAAAGAUUUUAGAAUUAAAUCGAUAUCUCAAUUCUGUAGAAACAUUAAAUUUAAAACUGAAUUAGGUUUAUUUUAA